AUGACGCCCACGCCGCUGUCUCCGGCAAGCGAAAAGAUAGAAGUGGAUUCUAUAGCUGUCGAGGACGUCCCACAUCAUUCGUCUAGUGAUGAUUGCUCCCUUGCUCUGACAGUAGAGGAAGAGAAACGACUAUGGCGCAAGGUUGAUAUGCGGCUCAUCCCUAUAUCAGUUCUGCUUUACCUGAUGUCUUAUCUCGACCGCGGAAAUGCGAAGCUUGAAGGACUGCUCACGCAAUUGGACCUUACCGGCCAACGGUAUAACACGGCGCUGGUAAGACCUUUCAAACUCGCGGGUCUGCUGCUCAAAAAGCUCAGGCCUUCGAGAUGGCUUCCUGGCCUCACAUUAGCAUGGGGAAUCGUGGCCACUUGCAUGGGUCUCGUGAAGAACUACCCCCAGCUCGUUGCGGUGCGCGUAUGCCUCGGCAUCGCCGAGUCCGGAAUGUCACCUGGGAUCUACUAUCUCCUGUCGCUAUGGUAUCCGAAGCACAUGCUGCAAUGGCGAUUCGGGCUUUUCUGGGGCGGCGCAACCUGCUCAGGCGCCUUUUCUGGCCUGAUAGCGUACGGUAUCUCGUUCAUGUCCGGCACCGACGGGCUGCUCGGGUGGUCUUGGAUCUUCAUUGUCGAAGGCCUCGCGACAGUAGCCGUCGCGAUCCUUGCAAUUCACAAUGACCGCUUUGCAGUAUUCGUUGAUCUCCCCGACACCGCAACUUUCCUCACGCCAAAGGAACGUACUUUCUUGCUAGAUCGACUGAGAAGCGAUUACUCAGGGGGAGGUGAAGAGGAGAAAUUCGACCUACGAGAAGUUCCGAGAGCGAUGCUCGACUGGAAGAUUGUCGUCGCAGCCAUCACCGAUGUAACUAUCUCCAUGCCUCUAUACGGCAUCUCGGUAUUCCUUCCUUUCGGAUUCGACACGGUCACAUCUCAAUUACUCACGGUACCACCUUACGUUCUGGCCACCAUCGUCGUUCUCAUUUGUUCUAUCUACUCCGACCGCAUGAAGUUGCGCUCCCCAUUCGUCUUUUCCGGCCUCGUACUUGCCCUAGUCGGCUAUGGAAUCAACGUCGCCGACGUCAGCAUUGGGGUCAAGUACUUCGGGACGUACCUCGUCGUGGUCGGGGCGUAUCUCAGCGCGCCGAUGGAGCUGACGUGGAUUGGCAACAACUGCAUCGGCCACUACAAGCGCGGUAUUGGCCUCGGCAUGACGGUCAUGUUCGGAAAUAUCGGCGGGGUCAUCGCGAGCAAUGUUUAUCGCAUUCAGGACGCACCACGCUACACCCGUGGACACAUCUUUGAGAUGGCGUUCAUCGCACUCGGCCUCGUUCUGGUGCCGCUCACCGCCCUCGCAUAUGUGCAAGGCAACAAGCGACGUGACGCUGCACAGCACGAACGGGAAGAGAAGAGCCUAGAGGUCCAGUACACGGAGGCGGAACUGCGAAAGAUGGGGGACCGCGCGCCCGAUUUCAGGUACACUUUGUAA